AUGGAUGCAACGGAACCGUAUCUUGAUUUCUGGCAGAGUGUGAGCCAAGGACUUGCAGAAGAAGAUAUCACAACAAGCUGGUUACAUGUUACGUACACCCUAACACCACAUGCAACUUAUCCAACACAGUUCUGCGAGGCGAUAGAAGCUCUGCAAUAUGUCAUCCAGGGUCUCGGACGCCCACCCAGGGAGGUAAUCAUUGUUGGAGACUCGGCUGGGGCUAAUCUGUGUCUGGCGCUCCUCUCACACCUAUCCCAUCCCUCUCCAGAUGCUCCCAAGCUGGAAAUCACUGAGCCCCUCAAAGCGGUCGUACUCUUGUCCCCUUGGCUCUCCUUCCGUCAUGAUUGGCCUAGCAUGACUUACAAUGCACGCAAGGAUAUUGACGCAAUGGAAGUCACAGCCAGUUGGUCUCAAGAGUAUUUAAAGGGCAGGUCUUCAAACAAUUACAUCGAAGCAGUUGAGGCACCUGAAUUAUGGUGGAAAGACGCUUGGGUGGAACAGACUCUCGUGCUUGCUGGAAGUGAUGAGGUGCUAUUGGACCCGAUCAAGGCCUGGGUGAAGAGGUUCAGUGUCAGUCAAAUCCCUAUUCUCCUUGAAAAUCGAUGCAUCGACCUGACAAACUACACGCAGAAAUUUAAUUCCGAUACAACCUUCAUCAUUGGUCAUAAAGAGUGUCACAUUGCACCACUUAUAUGGCCUUUGUUUGGCGACAACCACGAGACCCAACAGGGCCAUGCGUUGACGAAUUGGCUAUGUGAACGGUUAUGUAUAUGA